AUGACGCUACCCAAGCUUCCGUAUUUGAGAAAGGGGCAGGAGGUUGCUUCGCUCCGCUUCUAUAUCCAUGGCCCCUCGUUGGCAUAUCUUGUGGCCAUUAAAAUCCGUCGGGGGAUGGAUAACCAAACACCGAACGAUGUUCCUUCUGCAGCUCCUCCACCGGGGCGCUGCGUUGCUGAUUCAAGGCAGGCUGCGUCUCCUGUCGCUACUGCCCACGUCCCCGAUUCCCUCCCCCAAUGCCACCUGUGGUGUGUGUCUCUGCACAACCGCCCGCUGGGUUCCAGUUCCUCUUCGACAGCGAUAAGCUUCUGUAUUUCAGAAUCGGCGUCUAGUCACUGGUGUGUUCUCGGAGGAAUUUCGUUGGCGAUGGGCUCUCGGCCAGGCUCGAUUGACCAACACCUGGAUCGCCAGAAUCAGGGUCAGUCGGAGGCGGAUUAUGCAGGCCUCCGUUCUUCUCCACCCGACGAGGGGGUUGUCGACGCCACUCUCCUGCAAGCAUUGCGGAAAACUUCACCCAACACAAGCCGAAAAAGGAUAUCCCAAACAGUUCUAACAAGGCCACUUCCAUUCCGUGACUAUUCAGCGCGUAUGAAGGAAAUCUCAGGCAGCCAUACGCCAAGAUCACCGCAACUUCCCCACAUUUCAAGAGUAUCAAAAUUAAACCUGCGGCGAAAUCAACAGAGCUCGCAGCAGUUAGUCUUUAAAAAGACCAAUACCCAGCAGAGCCCUGGAGCCCAGUCGGAAGAGAACCAUUUUCAAUUUUCAGAUCAACUAUCCUCUCCUCUAUUGCUUGUGCCUGAAGUUUCUCCAAAUGGAACGCGCUGGACAACAGUACCCAUGGCGGAUGAGCCCAUCAGCAGUGGUUUCAAUUCCCCAUCAUUUCCCAAUCCGACAACCGCCCCAAGAGCAGCCAAUUCACAAUUCCUAAGCCGAUACAAGGCGGGAAAAGCAGUGCCUCUGCGUACCCCUGAGGCAAGAAGCUCUCCUCUGAACUUGAACGAAGCAAAACUUACUCGAUGCUUCCAAAACACCUCACUUUCUGACGUUCAAUGCUGGCUCGAUGGAUUAAACGUCGAAUCUCCCAGCGAGUUAUACGAAUCUGAUGAUUCUCCAUCUGUAAGCAGGAUGAGACGGGAAGUGUACAAUUCCGACUGCAAUCUUCCGCAGUCACAGGUGCUCAACGUGCAUCACUCUAGCCCUCGUGUUGGAAGCGGUAAAGAAAACAUGUCGCCCUCGUCAUCCGCCUUUGCUGCGGGGUCCAAGUUAUCACCACCAUUACACACCAGGGAUGAAGAAUAUGACGCUCCGGAUUCGGUAGCGUCUUCUACUUCCCCCUCCCUUCGGGAACACAGAUCGAAACUCCCCGUCCCAUCGACCCCAGUUCUCGUUCGCAAGACGCAAAAAUGCUUCACAUCCCCGAGGGCUUAUAUACGUGGGCGCAUCUCACCCACUCUCCCACGAGGCCACUACGUGCUUCCGCCCCGACGAAAGAAAGUGAGGUCGUCUUCGAACUCAGCGUGUCCGCUGUCGUCUUCGGCCUAUGACCCCAUGCAGCCAUUCGAGAUUGCAGAAGACGAAGAUGCAGACAUUCCUGCAAAACCCCCCACUGGUUCGUCUUGCCCCCGGAAAGAAACUUGGAUGGGGUUGCGUGAGUUAAGCCCCCAUGUCACACCGUUUCGUAAGGGCCAGGGACCAAAAAGAUCCAGAUGCUCUAGCUACUACGAUGAAGACAUCCUCCUGGAGACAAAGACGGAAGGAGAAACGUUGGCAUCUUCGAAACUACCAGUCAUGGGAAAUGGCCGUCGGAUUCCCAUCGGGCAUUCAAUGAACAUGGGGGAAUAA